AUCUUUUUUUCGGCAUGACCAGUCUAUUCGCUGUACAUUGGCAUUACCAAUAGUCAAUUUUUUUGUUUAAAAAUAAGUUACAUAUUUUAAACCAUACAAUUAAGAAAAUUUGAUUUAAUAUUGGAAAAUUUGACAUGGAUAUAAUUUACUUGGCUUAAUUAGGUAUAAAUAGGAUAUAUGACUAAGAUACAAUUAUUGCUGCCGAACACUGUAAUUAAUUUUCCUAAUUUUCGCGAGAAAAAAGUUUUAUUCGUUAAAGAUGGCCCGACAGUUGAGAAGCGCGUUUUUUUGUAAAUGUAGCACUUAGGCUGUCUAGCAUAUGUCUUCCUGAUUUCACGUAAACAUAAAUAAUUGAAAUUUGGCUUGUUGGUGUAUUUCUAUAAAGAUAGUUGGUCAAGAUUGACCUGAGUCUGAUUUGUAAAAUAUCAUUGAACUUGCUUGGCCUAGGCUAUGUCAUGAGUAACAUGGUCAUGCAAAUCUACUGCCUAGUUUAAAAACAGAGUCCGAUAUAUAUGACAGGAAGACUAUUGAUUUUGUAGGAAGCUUUAUUUGUUGGGCUUGUGGCAAUCAGUUAGAAUUGAGUUUUCAAUGUUGUAAUGAUCAUUCUCUGUUUGCUAAAAAGGAAUUCAGACAUACACAGUCACUUACCGAAAAAAUUUUAAUUGAAAUAUUUUUGUUUUCUAAAAACUAAUAUAAAAUGAAUUUUAAAAUAUUCUAACAAUAAUCCGCGGAAAUCUGUGUCAUAACAUCUCAUAGCUCCAGGCGUCAGUCGUAGUAACCAAAUACAAUUGUGGCAUUUCAUAUAGCCUUUGUACGAGAUGACUUUUUGGCCGACGUGAGCCUAAUUCGGACAAUUUGAACUCGUUCCGAAUGCUGAGAGGAUUAUAGGAAUCAUUUGCAUUUUAUUUCUUGUUGGGAAAUCGUUGGAUUUUGUUUAUUGAUAAUGAUUGGGGGUGACACUAAAACGCUAUAAGAGAGAGAAGAGAGAGAUUUCUUGUUUCGUCAACCAGAAAACAAGCAAUGGCAAAAUAUAUAUACAAUAAAAUAUAUAUGUCAUUUUUAGCAAACUUAGGAGCUUUAUUUUGAAUCAACAUUAAACAUAUUUAUCGAUUAAACAUCGAUUAUUAACAAGAAUCUAUUAGUAUAUUGCCGUUUAGUAUUGACUCUCUAGCCUAGACAUAUCAGUCCUAUGAGCGAUUCAAAUGUUUUAAUUGUGCGCGAAAAAUCCGCUCUACCACGCGACGUAAUCUUAAUUUAAAAAGCCAAAUGUUAUAAAAUGUUGGUCGUACGGCUUAUUCAUUGGUACGUAGUUAUUUAACGGGUGUGUUUAAAGACGGUGUGCUAUAAAACGGGUUCUGUAUUUCAUAUCUGAAAACCAAAGCAAAUAAUGCGUCAUAAAAAAUCUGCAAAAGUAAAGUUUGUAGCACCAAAGAUAGAGGUCAUAUAAUAGCUUGAGGCUCAAACGUCCAUCUAAAAUUUAUUAACAAAAGAAUACUAAUUAAGUUUUGAUAUUAUUAUUACGGUACUAAACUAAGGUGAAUCAGUAUUAUUUUGUUUGUUUUGAUUGUCAUAAGAUUUGAAAAAAUUGAUAAUAAAUUAAUUAGAAAAUGUUAGAUUUUUUUCCAAGUAAAGCAGUGAUUUUGCGUCAGAGGUGACGCUUGUGACCGGUCUCAUCUGGAACCGGCUCAAACCUGUCAGGUAAAUAGUGGAAUAUUUGCUAAAUGAACAAAUUCUUAUAACAAAGAUUGUUGCUAAUAGGAAACAAACACUUUUGUUGAACUUUAUUAGAAAAUUUUCCUUCAUUCAAAAAUGUAAAUUACUUUAUAACGCCACUGACAUCCUUAUGGUAAAUGGCAUGUCGCUACUUUUGUCGUUCCAGUUGGCGAUUUCGUUGGCGUGUUUAAUGAAACUUUUAACAAAUGCGAAGCAAUAUCGUGUCAGUAGCAAGACAAGGAUUGGAAAUCUGGUGUCUUAGUUUGAAAUACCACAAUAAUCAUUUAGCAGUUUAGUUGAUUUCAUGUGAGGUUGUUGAGGGAAAAUUCUAUGCUGUUUGUGCGAAAGAUUAUCGUUUUAUCGAUAUGAAAUGAACUGUAUAUCGUAGUGAUAACUGAACAAAGCCAUUUUAUAUUUGGUAUAGGAAAACCGAAAGAGUGAAGAACAAAUACGGACAGCUAGUCUGUGUCAAUACGAAUGCUGCAUUGUUCGACUGUAAUUUUGUUAGCUUCAAAAACAACAAGGUCUCAAAAAUACUGAAUAAGGCUAACGCCAAUAACUGAUGUGCGUAAUAGUUUUUAUUCGGAAUAUAUAAAUAGUGUCGCACGCGGCAAAUAAGGAAUCUAUGGAUGGGUGUUGGAUCAUAUUCUCUGACUUUAAUACACCGCCGUACAAUGUAUAAUACCAUAUGACGAUAAGGAUGUAUAUAUAGGAUCGAAGAAGUAUAGAUACAAAUGCCUGAAAACAAUGAUUUGUUGAUGGGGGUAGAUUCGAUCUAUUAUCGGAAUUGAAGUAAUAUAUAAAUACAUCUAUGUAUAAAGUUACAAUUGUUAACCUGAUGAAAAAUUAUGAAAUUUAUUCUCUCAUUCAAAAUUGAACUUUGUGUAAAAUGUACUUUGAUGUCACAGAUCAACAAUGAUAACGAUUUAGAAAUGUAAUAACUCGAUAAUAUGACGCCGAUCAAAAAAUAACACCAGAACGACACACAAAACUGAACAAAAAGAUCCAAAUUGCGGAGAUAAGAAAGAAAAUUUGUCUCAAAAUACUUCUCGAAGACGACGCAUGAGACCAAACGACAUCAUGACGAGGCAACGAUGGGGAGCAGGAUCAACAGAUAGCAGUGAAGACUGCAGUUCUUUGGACGAUGACCCUUUAAUUGUAAGUGUACAUUUAUUAACGGAACCCGAAUCUACGAGCAGUGUAAGAAAACAUUAUCAAGGAAUGGUGGACAUGUUGGAUUCCGAUCUCCAAGUCAUAUGCGUAUCAGACAAGAACGAAAUUCGGGAGAUUGCAGGGAAAUUCUCAAAGAUACCGUCAUCAGACGUCGAGAUUCCCUGCCUCGCAACCGUACUAUUUUUCAACGGUGAUCAGCAACACCAUCAAACGACUAAACACCGAAAAACAGCUGCACAUCGAUUAAACGGAUUUAGUAAACCCGAUUUAUUGUUAAAUCACAUGUGGAAUGGCAGAUCCGAUGUGUUCAAUGUAGAACGCGAUUUCGGAAACAUGUUAGACGUCAAAAGUAAUGACGUCACACACGGAAGGCACACUCCGUUUAUUAUUUGUGAGGACCAAAAAUGGGAUAAUAAUAACAGAAAAGUGCCAAGUUCGAAUGUCACAUCGCCAUUUCUUCGUUAUGAUGAAAUUCUAAAAGAAAGUGAAGAGAAUGAGCAAAGUCAUAUCGAACUUCGAGAAAAAGAUAUCGGGUUCAGGAAACAGAUAUUUGAUUUUGAAAUGGCAGAAACUGCAUUAGAAGCAAGAAAACAACUGGAAACUUGGCCAUGGGAAUUCCAUCACAAGGCAAACGUUUCAAAAGGCAUUACGCAAUGCCAAACCAACUCGCAGGACUUCUACGAGUAUCAACCUGAUCGCGAUGUUACGAGGCUAUAUGGCGACGUUAUCGACACAUCAAAAAUAUCGCGAAGGAGAAACUUGAUGGGUGCUUAUAAUGAUGCGGAUACUUUCGUCAACUUGGUGGAGGAAACAACAGAUGAGUUAAGAGAGAGGUCGAGGGGGAGAAAAAAAAAGCAAAUAACCACGACCGAUUUUCCUCUCAUGGCAGUGAGAGAGGUUCACUAUGGAAAACAGCACCUUCGUUACACGUUGUUCGUUAGCUCUGCCUCGUGGAUCGAUCAAGUCGAAUUUUAUCGUCUACUGCUUCGACGACAUGAAGUGACAUUGCGCGACGAUUUUUGUUUUUUCACAAUCUAUUACGGCGAAAACACUGACAUUCAGUUUGCAUUAAAAAGACUGGCCCCCAACCAGCGUCCCGUUCCGUUGGGUUCUUCUAUUCUACAGUUCAAAGUUCACAAAGUCGGACAUUUGGUGCCGCUGUUGCCACACGCUUGUAAGCCUAUAAGUGACAUUAGAUGGCAAACAAAAGACCACGACGGAAAUUCGCUGCUGCUGCAAAUAUGCCAUGUUCCGUCUGUUAGCGAUACAUCAAGUUCUCAAUGCGAAAGAGAAAUUCAUCCACUUGAUGACGCCGUGGCGUCGCCUUCUGAAGUGAAACACAGUAGUGAUGAAGACAACGAAUUUUCCCUAGAACGAUUAGAUAGUUUUAUAGAACCUGAGCUGCCAGCUAGAAUGCCAUUGUUGACCCCAACGUUAUAUACAAACCCAACAGGCCGAUCGCGUUUUGGUUCUCGUACUACCAGCUCUCUAUCGCCUGGUUCUAGUUCGUCGAACUCGCCUGAAAGAAGGCCCCGGCGUUUUGGAGCUUAUACACCAAGAGUAUUUUCAGGGUCAUCUUACGAAUCUGCAUUUGGUUCCACCAACACAUUGCCCAAUCCUAGACACACUUCUAAAUCUGGAUCUUCAAGUUGGACUUCGCGGAUAUCCGAAUCAAGCGAUGAACCAGAAAAUACAAAUUUUUACAGACGCGCCAAGUUUAAAAAAGAUGUCCGCCGAAAAAGCGACGGAACGCUACAACCACGUCAAAAAUCCAGACCAAAGUCGUCAUCUAGGACUCCUAACCAUAAUAAACAAUAUAGUAAUAAUCAUCGAUAUAGGUCAUCUUCAAAAAAUAGAAAGUCGCAAGAUGCUGUGGAGGAAGAAGUAGAAGUUUAUGUUUAGGCUGUAUCCAUGUACCUUAUUUGUUCCCUUUUGUUUAUUAUCUAAACUUACUUGCAGUUUUUAUAUCUUUCUUUUCACUUAUCGAAUAUUGGUAUUUUUUUUACACUUUCUUUUGUUUUUGAACAUUCCAUUGUACAAUUCAACUGCUCAUUAACGUUGUCCUGAAUUUAUCUGGAAUUGGGAAAAUUGAGGAUCAAUUUAUUGGCAUAUAUUUAGAAUAAAAAUGUCACCACGAUAUGAUUUUCAAUAUAAUUUUACUUGCCGGGGAAG